AUGGCACAAACAGCUGCAAGAAUACGACCAAAUGGAGUAAGCACUACAAAUUCCAAUCCACUGUUAAAGAAUCCCCUCUUCAGCAGGAAUGGUUUACAAAUAGAUGAAAGCGAAUUGAUGGAAGAUGAAGAACCUGAACACGAUAUUCUGCCGCUUGAUGAAGUCAAAUUACUGCAAGAAAGAGCGAAGACUUUGGAACACCCAAUGCCUGUUUUAAACUUUUCUCCAGCAAGUGGUGGUGGAGUUUUACAGCGUGUACAACUGGUUGGAAUCUUCCCUACUACAAGAUGGCUUCAGGAUCCCACCAUGCCAGCUGAUGUGAAAGAACUUUUUGGAGGUACCCCUUUCCAUGCAUUGGGAGAAUAUCGAGUGGGAUACCUGGAUUUACAAGAAAGCAUAUUGACAGCGACGCAUAGGCAUAAACUACUCAUGAUUGUGAAUACUGGGGCUCCUGGUUUGGAAACAGGUUACUGGGGUGGUGCGUUUGAUCGAUUGACAAACAAAUGCCUCGCCAAGUUUAAAUGCACUGGAGAACUAGAAACCACAGUGAAAGAAGAGUCAAACCCUGGUGGAGGAGAUUUCUUUGUAGGAUUUGACAAUACCGAUUUUCCGGAGUUUGUGGAUGGCAAAACACCACCCGGGAUAUGUGUGACACCAUUUGAAAAGUUGCUUGGAGUCACUGCCCAGUUUAUGAUACGGUUGCAGUGGACUGGAGUGGUACAUGAUUCAAUGAUUGACAUUGUAGACAAAUCCUCUCGAGAUGAGAGGAAGCAACGCGCACAAAAUAGAUUUAAAACCAGAUAA